AUGCCGCGUUCGCGCGGUCCUACCAAGCCUCGCAAAGAAAUUAAUAAAGAUUAUCGAAUUCGCAAAAAGAAUGAAAAAGAGGGACUUGUAGAAAUGGUAGCAAAAUUUAAGGCCGAAAUCGAGCAACUUAAAGAACAUGAAAAGCUUCUUAGGGCAGAAAUUGAAUCACACAAGGAAAGAAUGUUUAAGCUCAAAGAAGAGUUAUAUGAGGCAAACUUGCAACACCUUCAAAAAGAAGUUAACUAUAAAGACGAAAUAAUUCGACUCCUAAGUGUUCGAGAAGACCGGAGUCAACCCCAACCCCAAUCGCAACCACAAAAUCAAGAGAAUGAUUGGGUUUCUAUC